UGAAAUAUUUCAAACCUAUAAUAAAAUACUGAAAAUAACAUGAACAAACCUGCAGAGGACCACCAUUCAGUAUGAAUAAAUCUACACAUAGUUCCAUGUUUAUUUCACUUACCUGCAUUAUCUCCAAUGUUUUACUUAACUGUACAGGUAUCACUGUUCCUUUCUUCCCCAGAGGAAACCAUUAUCCAGGCUUUGGUAUUAAUCAUUUUGAAAAAUAUUUUUAUAUUAUUACUACACAUUUAUAAAUCCAUAAAAAAUAAUAUAAACUGUUUCAUACAAGUCAUUUAUUUUUUAAAAAAGUUAUUUAUAAGUUACUUUUCACAUCCAACAGUAGCUUAAGAAAUUUAUCUAUACUUAUCUAUGUAGCUCUAGUUAAUACAUUUCAAGAGGUGCAUACUAUUCCACCGUACGAACAUACCAAAAUUUAUUUAUCAUCUUUAUAUUAAGACAUUUGGUUUGUUCUCAAAUUUUUGUUACUUCAAGAGUACCAUAAUAAAUAGUUCUUGUUCAUGAUUCCCUGUACACACCUGAGUUUCCCCGGGGUGUAUAUAUAUAUAUAUAUAUAUAUGAAUAAAAUUACUUUCAACUUUACCAAAUAUUAGAUAAUUUUCUCCAAAGUAGUUGUGACAAUUAACAGUACUACCAGCAGCAUAUGGGAGGGCUCUAGUACCAUAUUGUUGGCAGCACAAAACAUUGACAGAUGCUCUAAUAUUUGAUAAUCUGAUGUAUGUUAACUAUCUUAAUGUUGCUUUCAUUUGAUAUUUCCUAGUGACACUGAACAUCUUUUAAUUUGGCUAUUCAAGGUUUCCUUGUUUUAUCCUUUGUACAAUUUUCAAUUUAGUUGUCCUUUUUUUUUUUUUUUUUUUUUAAAGAGAUGGGGUCUUAUUCUGUUGUUUAGGCUGGAGAAUAGUGAUGCAAUCAUAGAUCACUGCAGCCUCAAACUCCUGGGUUCAAGUGAUCCUCCCAUCUCAGCCUCCUGAGUAGCUGGGACUACAGAUGUGCACCACCAGGUCUGGCUAAUUUUUGUAAUUUUUGUAGAGGGCCUCAUUAUGUUACCAAGGCUGGUCUGGAACUCCUGGCCUCAAGUGAUCCUCCCACCUUGGCCUCCCAAAGUGCUGGGAUUACAGGUGUGGGCCACUACACCUGGCCUUCUUUAUAUAGAUAUAUGGAGUUCCUUCUGUAUUACUAAUUCUGUGUCUAUUUCAAUGAAUCGAAAAUACAUUAUCCCAAACAAUUCAAUCAUGUUUUUGUUGGGUGGGGAGGUGUUAUCUUCUGAUGCAGAUAAGUUUUAUUUAUUUAUUUAUUUUUUUUUUUGAGACAGGUUCUCACUCUGUCACCCAGGCUAGAGUGCAGUGGCAUGAUCACGGCUCACUGUAGCCUUGACCUCCUGAGGUCAAGUAAUCCUCUCGCCUCAGCCCCCAGAUAGCUGAGACUAAAGGCACAUGCCGUCAUGCCUGAAUAAUUUUUGUAUUUUUUGUAGAGAUGGGGUUUUGUCAUGUUGCCCAGGCUGGUCUCAAACUCCUGAGCUCAAGUGAUCUGCCCACCUUGGCCUCCCAAAGUGCUGAGAUUACAGGCAUAAGACACCGUGCCUGGCCUUAAAUUUUAAUAUAAUCAAUUUGCCAAUGUUUUUCUUUCUUAUGUGUUCUUUGUAUGUCUAAAGAAAUCCUCCCUUACAUUAAAAUUAUAAACCAAAUACUCGCUUCAAAAAGUUUUUAUGUGUUGCUUUUCACAUGUAGGUCCUGAAAUCUAUCAGAAAUUUAUUUCCUUGUGGGUGGAACAGAAUUUGCUUUUUCGCAAGUGGAAAACCAAGUAUAGUACUAUUUUGGGGUUUAUGAUGUUCAAAUGAACUAAAACGCCAUCUCAAUCAUAUUUCAAGUUUCCAUACAUAAGCUUAGGUCUUUGGCUGAUCUCCAUGUUCCUUUUCAUUCAUCCACUUGUCCACCCCUACAUCAGUAACAGUGCCUUUGUUAGUAUAACUCUAUAAUUUAUCUUGUUAUCAGGCAUGAAAAUAGCCAACAACAACACCCUCUUGGUCUGACUUGUUAUUCUUCCAAAUUGCUUUGGCUUUUAUUUUACAUAUAAAAACUUUAAGAUAAAUUUGUUAGGCUACAUUUAAAAAUCUCUAUAGGAACGUUUAAGAAUUGUUAUAUGUGUGUGUAUAUACAUAUAUUUCAUAUACAUGGUAUAUAUAUUUAAUAUUGAUAAAUAUUGUGUGAUAUUGAUAUUUAUAUAUAUACUUAACAAAUUUAUUUGUUUGAGACAGGUUCUUGCUCUGUCACCUGGGCUGGAGUGCAGUGGCACAAUCUUGGCUUACUGCAGCCUUGGCCUCUUGGUCUCAAGUUAUCCUCUCACCUCCCCAGUAGCUGGGAACACAGGUGCACACUACCACACCCAGCUAAUUUUUGUAUUUUUCUGUAGAGUUGGGGUACUGCCAUGUUACCCAGGCUGGUCUCAAACUCCUGGGCUCAGGUGAUCCACCCACCUUGGCCUCUCAAAGAGCUGGGAUUACAGGUGUGAGCCACCACACCCAGCGAAAAAUUACUGUCUUACAUGUGCAUCAAAUAUGCUGAAAGGUAAUGCUAUAGUAGUUCCGAAGUUGUUGGAUUAGGGAGCUCUACUAAUGGAAAAACAAAUUUAGAUGAGUUUGCUAUGAGAUCCGGAAACGCAGAAGGCGUAUUUGGACCAGUUAAAAACCCCUGGAGUUAUUCAAUACAAUAUAGAGAAAAGAGGAAGCAGAAUCUCCACUUUGAGAAUGAAGAUUCAGACUGGCUGAUAACUGGAGGAAGCUCAGGUGGGAGUGCAGUUGCCGUAUCGGCAUUCACAUGCUAUGAGGCUUUAGGAUCAGAUACAGGAGGGCUGACCAGAAAUCCUGCUGCCUACUGUGGGCUUGUUGGUUUCAAACCAAGCUAUGGCUUAAUUUCCCAUCAUGGUCUCAUUUCCCCGGAGAAUUCGAUGGAUGUGCAAGGAAUCUUAACCAGAUGUGUGGAUGAUGCAGCAAUUGUCUUGGGUGUACUGGCUGAACAUGAUCCUAAGGAUUCUAUCACAGUACAGGAUCCUGUUAAACCAUUCAUGCUUCCCAGUUUGACAAAUGUGAGCAAACUAUGUAUAGGUAUUCCAAAGGUAUAUCUUGUACUGGAAUUAUCAAGUGAAGUACGGUCUCUUUGGUCCAAAGCUGCUGACCUCUUUGAGUCUGAGGGGGCCAAAGUAAUUGAAGUAUCCUUUUCUCACAUCACUUAUUCAAUUGUCUGCUACCAUCUGUUGUGUACAUCAGAAGCAGCAUCGAGUAUAGCAAGAUUUGAUGGGCUACAAUAUGGUUACAGAUGUGACACUAAUGUGUCUACUGAAGCCAUGUAUGCUGCAACCAGACGAGAAGGAUUCAGUGAUUUUGUAAGAGGAAGAAUUCUCUCAGGAAAUGUUUUCUUGUUAAAAUAAAAGUAUGAAAAUUAUUUCAUCAAAGCACAGAAAGUGAGAUGCCUCAUUGCUAAUGAUUUUGUGAAUGGUUUUAACUCUGGAGUAUGCUAACUCCCACCACCUUGAGUGAGGCAGUACCAUACCUGGAGUUCAUCAAAGAAGACCACAGAACAGGAAGUGCCCAGGAUGAUAUUUUUACACAAGCUGUAAACAUGGCAGGACUGUCAGCAGUGAGUAACCCUGUUGCACUCUCAAACCAAGGGUUGCCAAUAGGACUGCCGUUUACUGGACAUGCAUUUUGUGACUAGCAGCUUCUUACAGUAGCCAAAUGGUUUGAAAAACAAGUAAAGUUUCCUGUUAUUCAACUUCAAGAACUUAUGGAUGAUUGUUCAUCAAUCCUUGAAAAUGAAAAGUUAGUCUCUGUCUCUCUAACACAGUAGGGAUAAAUAUAUCAUGCAAAAUUUUUAAAAAUUGUUGCCUUUAUACUAUCAAGUUUAUUUCCCAUGAAUAUUGCAUAAAAUUCCGUUUAUUCAAGUCCUUUCUUGUUCUUCAAUGAUCACAUAAUUGCCAUACAUUAAUUUAAUAAUUUUUAUUGAAUACCAUAUUGAAAACUAAAUUUAAUAUUUUAAAUGACUCUAGAAUAUACAUUCUUUCCAAGCACACUGGAACAUUCUCCAAGAGAGCCUAUACUCUGGGCCACAAAACAAUUCAAUAACUAAGAUUAAAAUCAUGCAAAAAUAGUUUUUCUGUUGACAAAAAAAUUUGUGGAAACAUCAGAUAUUUGAAGAGCUUAAAAAUAAAAAACACUCUUAAAUAAGUUAUGGGUUGAAGAAGAAAUAAAAAAAGGCAGGAAAAAAUAUUUUCAAUUGAAUGAAAAUGAAAACACAACAUACUAAAAUUUAUGGGAUAGAUGUAAGGCAAAGCUUAGAGGGAAAUUUAUAGUUUUAAAUAUCUAUAUCAGAAAAGAAGAAAGCUAUCAGAUUAAUAUUCUAUGGUUACAUCUUUAAAAACUAGAAACAGGGCCAGGCGCAGUGACCCACACCUGUAAUCGUAGCACUUUGGGAGGCUGAGGUGGGUGGAUCACGAGGUCAGGAGAUUGAGACCAUCCUGGCCAACACGGUGAAACCCUGUCUCUACUAAAAAUACAAAAAUUAGCCGGGCGUGGUGGCAUGUGCCUGUAGUCCCAGCUACUCAGGAGGCUGAGGCAGGAGAAUUGCUUGAACCCAGGAGGCAGAGGUUGCAGUGAGCCAAGAUAGCGGCAC